AUGAAGCUGAUGUGGAUCUUUACCGAAGUAAUCUUGCUCUGGGUUUUGGUCUACGCGCAGGUUGAUUCGGAAGUUGGACUCACUGCUCAGGAGCAGAUGUACCUGCUGUACGACUCCAAGCUCCAGUGCCUCCAAAACAUUUCACAAAGUCCGUCUGAUAAUAUGUGUCCUCCUGGGUGGGAUGGUCUGAUCUGCUGGCCCCAGGGUUCCCCUGGUACUCUGACUAAAGUGGCCUGUCCCAGCUACAUCUACGACUUCAACCACAAAGGUUAUGCCUACCGUAAGUGUGAUGUAAAUGGAUCCUGGGCAUCUGUGGAGAAUCUGAACAGAGUCUGGGCAAAUUAUUCAGACUGUCUGAGAUUCCUGCAGCCAGGGCAGGAGAGAGGGAAAAGAGACUUUUUUGAGCGACUCUAUGUCAUGUACACUAUUGGAUAUGCAGUGUCCUUCAGUUCUCUUCUUGUAGCCAUUUUUAUCAUCAGUUAUUUCAGACGUCUUCACUGCACGAGAAAUUUCAUCCACAUGCACCUGUUUGUGUCCUUCAUGCUGCGUGCCGUCAGCAUCUUCCUGAAGGACAGGGUGGUCCAUGCCAGCGGGGGACUGCAGGAGUUUGACACCGCCCUCAUGGACAGCUUUAAAACCAUCUCAGUGGUUCCUCUGGACAAGUACCAGUAUGUUGGCUGUAAAAUCACUGUACUGCUCUUCAUCUACUUCCUGGCAACCAACUAUUACUGGAUUCUAGUGGAGGGCCUGUACCUGCACAGUCUAAUCUUUAUGGCCUUUUUCUCUGAUGCCAAAUAUCUCUGGGGUUUCACUAUGAUAGGAUGGGGUGUUCCAGCUCUCUUUGUAUCUGCCUGGGCUGUUGUCAGGGCAACGCUGGCAGAUGCUCGAUGCUGGGAAUUGAGUGCAGGAAAUAUUAAAUGGAUCUAUCAGGUUCCAAUUUUGACAGCCAUUGGACUCAACUUUAUUUUGUUUGUAAACAUUGUUCGAGUUCUGGCCACUAAGAUCAGAGAAACAAACGCAGGAAGAUAUGACACACGCAAACAAUACAGGAAACUGGCAAAGUCGACAUUGGUGCUAGUCCUGGUGUUUGGAGUUCACUAUAUUGUGUUUGUCGGGAUGCCACACACGUUCACUGGAGCCGGAUGGGAGACACGGAUGUACUGCGAGCUCUUUUUCAACUCCUUUCAGGGUUUCUUCGUGUCUAUUAUCUAUUGUUACUGCAAUGGUGAGGUACAGACAGAGAUGAGAAAGAUGUGGAUGCGUUGGACUCUGGCCUUUGAUUGGAGAGCACCUAUUGUUUGUGCAAACUACCGAUAUGGUUCCGGAUUGACUAACCUUACCAGAAGCACAAGCAGCCAAUCCCAGCUCACGUCAGUCUCUCGUACCUCCGCCCUGUUCUCCAGUCGAGUGUUUCGUAGCAGCAUGGGUCCAAGGGCCAGCACACACGCGGCCCUACCUGGAUACGUCUUCAGCAACUCUGACAUCGAGAGUUUGCCUCCCUCUAUUCCAGAGGAGCCCGAGGAGGGUACCAAACGCCUGGAUGACAUCACUCUGAAAGACAGCAUAAAACGCAUCGAUGACAUCACCCUUAACGAGAGCACGAAACGCGCUGACAACAUCAGCCUGAAAGAUUCGAUCCGUGAGACAUGUAGCAGGAUGACAGAGGAGGCUGAGGAGACACUGUAA